AUGUUGUCGGUGCCAAAGAGUAGGGUUGUGAAACUGAGGAGCUCAAACAACGAAAUAUUCGAAGUAGAAGAAGCUAUGGCAGCGCUGUCGGAACCCAUAAAAUCCCUAGUCGACGUGAUCGGUGUCAACCAUUUGAUACCAUUGCCAGAGGUCAACUCCAAAACCCUAGUCAUGGUGAUAGAGUGGUGGAAGAUAAAGCACAACAAUGCUUCUCAUCAGGGUACUACAAAAAGCACGUCCAACACACAACUAAUCGAAGAGUGGGAGGCUGAGUUUGUCGAGGAACUGGACCAAGCCAACGUUGUCAUUGAUCUCUUAUGCACUGCAAAUUUUUUAUCCGUGAAGGAAUUGCAGGAUCUUAUGUUUCAAAAGCUUGCAGAUUUGAUUAAGGUCAAGACAGUUGAGGAGAUUUGCGAGUUGUUUCCCAGCAAGCAUUAA